CUCUCUUUUCUUUCUACUGACUUUUGCAGGUGGAUUUGCGUUGAACGAAAUAAAAAUCGACGCUGACGGCAAAAUAAUUUUGCGCUGUGCUAAGAGAUAAUCUUUACGUUACUCUAAAUAUGAAUUUGGCAUUGAUCGGUCAUAAUAGUUGCGCCAAGGAUAUGUCUUAUUCAAUACAGAAUUUAGUAAUCACGAUGAAUGACUUUGGCGUGCGUAUGACUGACAGCGAAUUUAUAUCGGAUGACGAUGUCAACUCUUUGUCUGAAGAUUCUUUCCUUUCUCAAACAAAGUCCUUUUCUUCUGUAUAUACUACAGUCUUUUAAUCCCCUAGAUCUUCAGAUCCCAUACAAAAAAAGACAAU